AUGGCCGACUUUAACAAUCCUUUGCAAAAGUUCAAGCUGGUAUUUUUGGGAGAACAGAGUGUCGGGAAGACGUCCCUCAUAACUAGGUUUAUGUAUGAAACUUUUGACAAUCUGUAUCAGGCAACAAUUGGUAUUGACUUUUUAUCAAAAACUAUGUACCUUGAGGAUCGAACUAUUCGUCUGCAAUUAUGGGACACUGCGGGACAGGAACGUUUUCGAAGUUUGAUUCCCAGCUAUAUACGUGACUCCUCAGCCGCAGUUGUUGUUUAUGACAUAUGCAACGCUGGAUCUUUUCAUCAGGCUUCAAAGUGGGUUGAUGACGUCAGAAACGAACGUGGCGGGGAUGUUAUUAUUAUCCUCGUUGGAAACAAAACGGAUCUAUCUGAUAAACGAAAAGUGACCACUGAAGAGGGCGAGCAUCUUGCUAAAAAACUAGAAGUCAUGUUUAUUGAAACGAGUGCGAAGGCUGGAUAUAAUGUCAAAGUACUGUUCCGUCGAAUCGCAACAGAAUUGGUUGAUCAAAAGAGUCCACUUUCUAGACAUGAUGACUAUAUUGAACUGAAACCGAUCGAGCCUCCUCAAGAGAACCAGUGGAAAACCUGUGGUUGUUGA